AUGGCAGCGUUGGCACCCGGAAUUCUGUUGAAGCUACUGAAUGGGAUAAAUACAGGGGUGAAGCCCACAAGUGAGCACAGGAGCUCACUUUUACAGGUUACAGAUAUUGUUCCUGCAGAUCUUGAUGAAAAGAAUCUUUUGCCGAAACACGGAUUCUACAUCAAGGUAUCAGAUUCUUCGCAUUCAAUUUAUGUUAGUUUACCUUUUGAGCAGGAUGAUCUUGUUCUCAGCAACAAAAUGCAAUUGGGACAAUUCAUUUAUGUCGAUAAAUUAGAGCCUGGGUCGCCUGUUCCCAUUGUCAAGGGCGCGAAACCUCUUCCUGGGAGGCACCCAUUGGUGGGCACGCCGGAACCAUUGAUGGGAUUCAGACAGAAGGGAGAGAAAAAUGAACAAAAAAUCAAUUCAAAAUUUUCAGCUCCUAGAAGGAGUUCUUGGGGAAUAGGGCCAAAUGGGGGUGAGAUUAUUUCUUCGCCAAGUGUUUUGAAGCCAGUUCCUUUGGAUUUUGAUCAAUGCACACCAGUUAAAGAGAGGCCGCCUAGUGCUGUGAAAUUUUCUGGUAAUUUUCCAAUGUCACCAAUGAUUCGAGGGAGAACACCACGAGAUGGAAGCGCCGGUGGGGUUUUUAGGUCCUCAGUGGGUGGUGCGCAUUUGUCUAAAAUGGUGGAGGCUAAAGGGGAAAGUCCAUUGAUUAGGAAAAGUUGUAUAACACGCUCAAUUUCUAAGUAUUUGAGGAGCAAAAGCGUAUGUGAUAGAGAACAAAGGAUUUUCAAAAGUCCCUUCAACACAGCUGAGAAAAAGAGUUCGACUCCUCCUCCUAGUUUGCGGAAUGCAAAAAUGGCAGCUUAUCCCACUGUUACUGAUAAUGCACAAAGUGACUCGAAUUCGAAGAUAACUUCAUACUCACAAUCUCAACCUUGUUAUUCAGCCUCCCCGAACAACAGUCUUUCCAUUAAUUUGCCUGGAAAGCUUUGCAUGCUCGGAAAGGAAGCGGUGCAACAACGAGAAAUAGCGCAGAAGAUUGCCCUCCAGGCACUAAGAGAUGCUACAGCAACUGAGAACAUUGUUCGUUCUCUCAAGAUGUUCUCAAACUUGACUAAAUCGGCUAAACCAGAAGCCCCUGCAGCUUGCUUCGACCAGUUUCUCGAGUUUCAUAGCCAAAUUGCUCAAGUGGUGGCUGAAAUGGUGUCUAUUCAAGCAGCAACUGAAAUGGUACAAACACAAAACGCAGAACCAAAGAAAAUCAUGGGAAAAUACCCCGAAGAAAAUGACUCUAUUUUACAUGAAAUAGUCCACAAUUCAACGGAUCAACACCAAAAACUGGAGUCCAACGCAUCAAAAAGAAGAGCUGCGCUUUACAAAUCAAUCGCAACUUUUCCUGAAACAAACGAACAAAAGACGAUUUUGGGAAAACAUUUGAGGUCCUCAAAUCUUAACCAUAAGGCAAGUUUAGAGAAUAAAGGAGCAGCCCCUGAAAAUGACGAAAACAUGAAACCGGCUUCUUCUUGCAGCGUGUCGAAUACCAUCAAACUGGGAAAGCAGGUCGAAACUGAAGCUGGAAACUGGUUUAUGGAAUUUCUUGAGAAAGCAUUGGAAAAUGGCAUGAAAAAAUCUAAAGGAACAAGAGAAUCCGAUGCUCAAAAAGUUCCACAAUCACUUAUUUUGAAGGUGAUUAAUUGGAUAGAGGUGGAACAAAGCAAUCCAAGUAAGAGGCCAGUGCAUCCUAGAGCUGCACAUAUAGCCAGGAAGUUUAGGAUAAAGAUGAAGAACCCUUGA